AACCAAACCAAAUCAGUCAAACUGCACACACCACCUCACCUCCUCUCCUCUAUCUCUUCUCUUCCACACACUCUCUUUCACCCCCAUUACUCUCAGGGCUCAGCUUGCGGUCUGCAUAAUCCCUUCGGCGGCCGCAAAGGCUCGUACAAUAUCCUCAUACUCAUAUCGACUCGUCUUCUCCCUCCACCAUGCCGCUACGAGUCAACAUCCCUCCCGCGACCCGGGCCUGUCUCAUCAGCCUUCUGUCCCUUUCCCUGCUGUACAACAUCGCCCGAUGGCGUCAGAUGGACUCCACCCCCGGAAAACCCGCCGUCACCCCGAUCGUCCCCUAUCUCACUCUCGUCCCCUCGCGCUUCAUCUUCUACCCCUGGACCCUGGUCACCGCGACCUUUGUCGAACAGAACAUCUUCACCGUCCUCUUGAACGGCGCCACGCUCUUCUACGGCGGCAAGUACCUCGAGCGCGCCUGGAGCUCCCGCGAGUUUACCAAAUUCAUCGUCACCAUCGCCCUCAUUCCAAAUGCCGUAAUCGUGCCCCUCUAUUUGAUCGGGGGCGCCCUUCGAGGCGGCUCGUCUGGCAGUGUGGUACAGAUCUGUGGCGGCAUCUCCAUUCAAGCCUCCUUCCUCGUUGCGUUUAAACAGCUUGUUCCGGAACACACCGUGGCUAUCUUUAAAGGCCUGGUGAAGAUGCGCGUCAAGCACUUCCCAGCGCUGUUUCUCCUCCUGAACACGCUCAGUGGGAUCAUCCUCGGAACGCACGUCGCCGCGAUCCUUUCCUGGCUCGGCCUGUUGACAAGCUGGACGUACCUCCGGUUCUUCAAGCGCCAGCCCGAUCUCACAGGCACCUCGACCGACGGCCUCGGCAUCAAGGGCGACGCCAGCGAGACCUUUGCGUUUGCCGCGCUCUUCCCCGACCUCAUCCAACCGCCGAUCGCAUUUCUCUCAGAACAGAUCUACAACGUCCUAGUCGCCUUCAAGAUCCUCAGGCCUUUCUCCGAGGAGGAUAUCGCGUCGGGCAACCAGCAGGUUCUCGCCCGUGGCGAAGCCGGUCUUCCCAGCCUGCUCAGCACCCGCGGCGCAAGAGGCAUGGCCAAGCGCGAGGAGGCGGAGCGGAGACGGGCCCUGGCGCUCAAGGCCUUAGACCAGCGACUUCAGGCUGCCGCCGCGGGCAGAGCGCCGGCAUCCUCCCCCCAACCGACCACCCAGACCCCGACAACGGCCACUCCCACGGUCUCUGCCGGACAGGGAAUGCUGGGAGCCACCAGCUAUACCCCAGACCACCACUGAGGGAUGUCCCUUGGAUCACAAGGGAUGGCCUCACCGCUGCAUAGCUAUCUAGGCGUUUGGGUUUGGUUGGAUAACGAGCAGCUCUGAUUUUCUCCUUCUUUUUUUCUUUUUCGUCCUUUUUCUAAGGAGCGUUGAUAUCUUGAUACCUAUCUACCCACUUAUCCUGUGUUUUCAUGUACAAACGCACGGUGUUGCAUCAGCCUCUUCCUUUUUUCUUGUUUUUCAUUUUCUAUGCUUUUUUUUGUCUUGGCCUUUUCUUUCCAUUUGUUACAUGCAAAUGGUCACAACACAAGCGGGUUGUAAACCUUGGUCUCUAAACCCAAGUAGUCUGCGCACAUACACUGCAUAAAUGCAUAACAUAACAUAAUCAUAGAUGACAUAGUUUACGACAAUUAGACCAUUGGAUAACUAGUGGAGCAUGAGAUUAAAA